AACAGCAUGGCAGCGUCGGAAAACUGAGACGCGGGAGAACGACUGAUAAAGGAGUUUUCAGGGCCCUACUAACCGGGAUUCUCACAGGCUAUUUGUCGCGGUAUCAAAACCCAGUAUCUGCUGCCCUUUACGGGAAAGGUAAAGCAUUUCUGUUUGUACCCAGCGGCUUCGCCGGCACUCUCACUGUCGCAGACAGCGGGGUUAGGGAGCGCAAGUCUUGGACGUCCGGACCAGAAGAAAAACGGCGCCGAACUUCAUAGAGUUUGCCUCUACCGCUCGGACUGGAAGGGAUACACACAAGCGGACUCAUGGACUGGAGUUUUCGUCUGCCAAUCACGGCUCUCUCUCUCCAGCUCCCGUAAACCACCACUUCGUGGCAGCAGUCUAAACGACGCGUCCGAUCCGCCCGUGAACUGGCGUCAAGAUGGGGAACCAACAAUCAGGCUCCUCUUCGCCUUGUGACGCCCGGGGAUUCGCGAUCUGUGCGGCGGUGCCCAAUGCGGUGGGGUGCAAAGAUGCUGGAGAGAGCGACUUCUUCUGUACCUGCGCCGACGGUUUCAGAUACCAGGGCCGAUCCGACACCUCGAAGUGCGACGAUAUAAACGAAUGCCAUUUAGGAACGCAUAAUUGUACGGCGGAAGUGCCGAAUUCCAUUUGUGAAAAUACCAAAGGCAGCUACAUCUGCGUCUGCGGCGAUUAUCGAGAGCUAAGGGACGGCAAGUGUGAAGAUAAAAAUGAAUGCAUGGCGAACAAUGGAGGCUGCGGGGCGAACUCAAUAUGCAACAACAAUUCCGACGCGUCGGUCACCUGCUCCUGUAUGCCCGGAUAUGAAGGAAAUGGAGGCCAACCGGGAAUCGACUGUACAGACAUUGAUGAGUGCGACAACGACCCAUGCCCCGUUAACUCGACGUGCAUCAAUACAAACGGGUCAUUCAAGUGUGAAUGCGCGAAAGGCUUUUCGAUGGGUUCUGACGGGGUCUGUGUGGCCAAAAACUACUGUGAUACGACCGAGCACGACUGCGAUCCAAUUUUGGCCACUUGCAAGCAGCUCGUCGGCUCCUACACGUGUGAAUGCAAGGCUAAUCUAACCGGCAACGGAAAGAAAGGCAACUGCAUCCCCAAAGCAGGGUACGAGGACCUGCCUUGCGAGCUGUCGGGCGGAGCGUGCGGACAAUACAGUGAAUGUGUCAAGGGCUCUGACGGGACCUACUCGUGUACGGCGAAGUCCUUCACGGCCCAGCUGUCCACCGUUAUGUCGGAAGGUCUUUCCGGGGAAACGCCCGGGUGGAUCUGGGGUAUGAUCGCUGGCGGAGCGCUCGUCGUCGUUAUUCUCGUUUUACUUGUCGUCAGAAAGUUCAAGAAAAAAAGCAGGAACGCUGGGGAGAUAGCUUACGACGAAUACGGAAUGGCCGACGGCGGGGCCUCAUACGACCAGUACGGCUACGGAUCGACGGACUACUAUUACUCGUAGUACUGCAGACCUAUACGGCGUUUGCAUGCGGUCUGACGGCUCAACAAUUUGAACCUGUGUUCCCUCGUUUUGGUUCAUGCUCCACUUCUUGAGGGUCAGCAUCGUGGAGUCGGGCGUGGAGCCUCUCUCGCAUAGUUUCUCGCCGGAGACUCUCUCUUCGCUAUUGUACCCGACACUGCGUUGUUGUCACAUGCAAUGCAGUCGUGUUUUCUGCGGAUGUUAGAUAGCUUAGCACAUCAGAACGCAACAAGUUAGCUUGACUCUAGGGAAUUUCGGGUAUGAC